AAACCAUCACCCCCACACCCUCACACCACACCAUCAACCUCACCACCCCCACCACACCCCCACCACACCUCGCCACCAACCACACAUCACCCAUCACCAUCACCACCACCCACACCACACCACCACCCAUCCCACCACACCACACCAACCCCCCACACACAC